AUGAGGUCCAUUGUUUUGGCGAGCGCUCUGGCAGCGGGUAUCUUUCUGGGCACUGCGAGCGGACGCCCUCUCAAUGACAAACGCGCACUCACGACCCAGUACUUCUAUGUUACUGACACGACUGCUGAUGUUUAUGUCUACGUUGAUGAGAACGGCACGCCCUACCUGACCACGACCGUUGGCAAGACUGAUAGCGUUGCUACCCCCGUUAUUGUGCCUACGACGACGUCCGAGAUUGCUCAGCCAACUCUUGAGCCUUCCUUGACGCCUCAAGUUUCGUCAUCAUCAUCGUCAGCUGCACCUGCUCCACCACCCUCGCCGCCAGCGCCCGAGGCCCCGUCAUCUGCUUCCGUUACGCCAUCAGCCGAGCCUACCGCCGUCGAGGUCAAACAUGUUACCCCCAAGGAGUCUGCUUACGUGACACCGCCUCCACCUCCAGCACCCACCACUUCGGCUGAACCCGCUCAGACCACUACUCAACUUCCCCCGCCUCCAGCGCCCACCACUUCGGAUGCGCCCACUCAGUCUACUCCACUCCCCCCACCCCCACAAUCCUCCAGCACGGCCCCGGAUGUACCUGCUAAGCAGAAUGAGCCUUCAGACCGUCUUGGCAUGGGUGUGACGUACGAUCCCUUCACAGGCUCUUCAGGUAGCACUCGGUGCAAGACCGAGAAUGAGAUCGCCAGUGAGUUCGAUAGGAUGAAGGACUACAAAGCUGUUCGAAUCUACGGCUUGGGCUGCAAUAUCCUUCCACUCGCUGUGAAGGGCGUCAUCAAGAACGGUCAGAAGCUCAUGGCUGGUGCAUACAUGAGCAAGAGCGGCAACGGCGAAGACCUCAGCAAGGUUAUUCAGACCCUGAAAAGUGCUGUUGACCAGUACGCUGGCGGCAAUUGGGACGUCAUUCAACUCUUCUCCGUCGAGAACGAGCGGGUCAACGAUCACGACAUGACCGCUUCCGAUGUUGUUGAUGCUAUCCAACGUGCCCGCGGUCAGCUUCGAGGACUUGGAUAUAAUGGCCCUGUUGGCGCCGUCGAGACCGUGCCCGCUACCAUCGAUAACCCUGCCAUCUGCCAGGCUUCGGAUGUAGUGAUGGUCAACUGCCACGCCUUCUUUGACACCAAUACCGUGGCUGCAGACGCCGGAGCUUUUGUCAAGGCCCAGGUCGAGCGCGUCAAGUCGGCCUGCAACUCAAAGCGCGUUGUCGUCACGGAGUCCGGCUGGCCUCACCAGGGCGACCCCAACGGCGACGCUGUUCCUUCACCGGAUAACCAGCGCAAGGCUCUCGAGUCAAUCCACAGUAACUUCGACCACGACAUGUUCAUCCAUAACUCUUUUGACGCAACUUGGAAAUCGGAUAGCGCGUCGACGUUCAACGCCGAGCGAUACUGGGGUGUUAUU